UUUCACACUCGCACCAAGUCUCUCAAAUCGAAACCACCACAAACUCACCCUCCGAAUCCUCGCCGGAAUCCAGAUCCCGAUGGCUCUAGAGUGGGUGGUGCUAGGCUACGCCGCCGGCGCAGAAGCCGUGAUGGUGCUCCUCCUCACGCUCCCAGGCCUCGACGGCCUCCGCAAGGGGCUCGUGGCCGUCACGCGCAACCUCCUGAAGCCGUUCCUGUCGGUGGUGCCGUUCUGCCUCUUCCUCCUCAUGGACAUCUACUGGAAGUACGAGACUCGCCCCAGCUGCGACGCCGACUCCUGCACGCCGUCCGAGCACCUCCGCCACCAGAAGUCCAUCAUGAAGAGCCAGCGCAACGCGCUUCUCAUCGCGGCGGCGCUCAUCUUCUACUGGCUCCUCUACACCGUCACUCACCUCGUGGUCCGGAUCGAGCAGCUCAACCAGCGCGUGGAGCGGUUGAAGAAUAAGGACUGAGUCGACUCGUUCGGUUUUGUUCUGAUUUCGGUUGAAAAUGUGGAUCGGUUAAUUAAGAAAUGAUAUUUUGUGUUUUUUUUUUCGGAUAUUUAAUUGCGUUUGUUAGAGUUCCUCUCUGUUUAGAUUUUGGAAUUCUAACUUUCUAAGUAUGUUGUGCAAUGAGGGUUUUUUCGCCUUUAAAUUUUAGACUAAUUUUCAUUCUGUGGUCAUGAAUGUGUGAUUUAGAACAUUGAACUUUUAUACGUUUCGAUAAUAAUAUGCUCUUCAGUAUGUUACUUGCUA